AUGUGUGUGAUUUGGAGAGGAUCUUGUGGAAGGUGUCCAGUGGGAAAGAGACUGGGUGGACUCAUCUGCAACUGAUCCCCGUUUUUCUGAGCGCAAUGGACUUGGAAUGAAGACAAAACAUGGAUAUAAUCUGGGAAAUAUUUAUUAUUCUUCAAGCCAAUCUCAUUGUUUGCACUUCAGCUCAGCCAAAUCCACCCAAAAUCCAUGAGGGAUGGUGGGCUUACAAAGAAGUUGUUCAGGGGAGCUUUGUUCCAGUGCCAUCAUUCUGGGGGCUUGUAAAUUCAGCUUGGAAUCUGUGUUCUGUGGGGAAGAGACAGUCUCCAGUCAACAUCGAGACCAGCCAUAUGAUAUUUGAUCCCUUCCUGACACCACUGAGGCUCAACACUGGCGGCCGAAAGGUUGGAGGGACAAUGUACAACACCGGCCGCCAUGUUUCACUCCGACUGGACAAAGAGCACCUGGUGAACAUCUCCGGUGGACCAAUGACCUACAGCCAUCGCCUUGAGGAGAUCAGGUUACACUUUGGGAGUGAGGACGGACAGGGCUCAGAGCAUCUCCUCAAUGGCCAGGCCUUCUCUGGGGAGGUGCAACUUAUACAUUACAACCAUGAACUGUACACAAACUACACAGAAGCUGCUAAAAGUCCAAAUGGCUUGGUGAUAGUGUCUAUAUUUAUGAAGAUAUCUGAGACUUCGAAUUCAUUUCUCAAUCGGAUGUUGAACAGAGACACUAUCACAAGAAUAACAUACAAGAAUGAUGCAUACCUUCUCUCGGGGCUAAACAUUGAGGAGGUGUAUCCAGAGACAGCAAGUUUUAUCACUUACGAAGGGUCUAUGACAAUCCCACCAUGCUACGAGACCGCAACGUGGAUUCUGAUGAACAAGCCAAUCUACGUCACAAAAAUGCAGAUGCACUCCAUGCGACUGCUAAGUCAGAAUCAGCCCUCGCAGAUAUUCCUCAGCAUGAGCGACAAUGUUCGCCCAGUGCAGCCUCUGAACAACCGCUGCAUUCGCACCAACAUCAACUUCAGCAUGCAGGGCAAGGACUGCCCCAACAACAGGGCACAGAAGCUGCAGUACCGAGUGAACGAAUGGCUGCUGAAAUAGAGCCAGGAUGCAGACCAACCCAAGAACACUAACAACAUUGAAAAGGAUGAAGAGGAAAAGCUCAUGGAUAAACAGAAUGAAGACUGACACAUGUCCUGCCAGAAAAAGUCAUGAUGUUGUAAA